AUGCCUGAGCCCCUGGCUGUGAGGUUGAAGUUGACAAGGUUUGACGUUGGACUUGAGCCCCAGAUCUGGGGGGCACUAGGAGACAACCUUUGGAUCGUGGAAGGGGCGGCUGAUGGCGAUGCCGAAACCUUUUUCGUUCCCUCUCCUCAGAACCCUCCAACCCGCUCAACUCCUCAUCAACCCCUUCUCAGUCUGCCUAUCCAAUCGUGUCGUUUUUUGCGGCCCCAUCUUCCUCUGAUUCUGUUUAAUCUGGUCUGGUGUACCGAAAUCCUCUCGAGAUGCGGUGGAUGCGGGGCCCUCCUCCUGCCUCCAGAUGGUAGAUGGGUUGGUUGGGAAUGGCCUCACCAGUUCGGCUCAAAAGUCCUUGGUUGGCAAUACAUGUCCAACGCAGAGGCGCAGGCUACUUCAUUGGUGUGUAUCGACGAGGCGCACGGAGAGGGCGGCGUCAACGUCAACGCCUGGGAUCCAGCCCACCAGCCAGGCAAACACAAUCCACAUGGCGGGGAUGCUUCUCACUUCCUCAUCGACUCGACCUGCUAUCUUGGUCCUGGACUCCUGCACGUGUCUACCCUUGCCACGGGGCUCGGUGUUGCCAGGGCAUCCGUUGCAAACCUUUCUCAAUCUCAAAUAUCUCGAGCUAGGCUAUCAGAGGGACAAUACAACUAUCCAACAGGAACAGAGCGCCAUCUAGUGUUCGUCUGUUUCCACAGAUUUUCGAGCGAUGAGGCAGAUACCGUCUCACAUGAGCUGAGAUGGCCUGCACAGGGGCUCGGACGAGGGCCAGCGACAAGGAUCCAUGCCGCUAUUCCUUCCACGGCUAGGACCUCCCUAGCCCCCGUACGAAAUGUGACGGCGUUGCGACUGGCGGCACGUCAAAAGAGACGAGACAAGCAAGACAUGCACCUUGCGCGAACUACUGACGAGGAACAAGCGAACGUCCAUCAUCCGUCGCUUGGGGGCGGGCGCCGCUGCGGGGAAGGGCGAUCCCUCGCCUCUUGCCACGAGACGCCUAUAGACGAUGGCGCGUCCGUCACAAUUUCCAAGAUCAUCAAGUUGUCCUUCGGAAUCUGCUUCGAGAGUCCCUUGGUCCCCUCAUUCACAGCUGAUACGAUCUGCAAGAUAAAAGAGGGCCGUCUACUAGUCAGUAGUGCGACACUAUUCUUCCGAAGACAAGAAUGGCGCCAACCCGCAUCAGCUUGGGGCACUAGUCACAACCUUGAACCAAAUCUUCAACGCUUGGCUGCAUCGCCCCCACCGACCAAGAGUGCCCGCGGUGACCAACUAGCCGGUGGAAUAUGGUCGCUCCGAGAUGAUGAGGGACUACAGUCUACUGCGUACGCAGGCUUGUGGCCGUCGCCGUGUCCUUGCCCACCUCGCAUCACUGAGCUCGCCAGCGUCCCGUCAGUCCGGGGAGACCCACGUUCGUUGCUGAGCCGGUCCUCGCCGUCGAUCAAACGGGAUAUUCAGACUGACGUACAGCCAAGGGACGGACAUCGCGACUACCCCUCUGCAGUUGUCAUCUUACGAUGUCCAAUUAUAGCGGACAGGGUCGAAAAAUCCUCGCCCCAAUUCGCUUGCCACUUGCAGAUUCCCACGUUGUCGCGUUCUUCCAUUCGUGGCUUCUAUUCUAUGGUUCUCGAUCAUGCCACGGGUCUUAUCAGUCGACCGGCUUCACGGGUCUUGACCGACGUCAUGAGAGGCUGCCUUCGAGAAGUUACUGCUGAGGAUCACCAUUGCAAUCUUCUUGGCAUCGUUGCCACCUCCACCUGCAUCUCCGUUGCCUUCCCAUCCAAUUUCCCUCUGAGAAUUCUCCUGAACCCCGCGGCUUUGGGGGGUCAUCCAAUGUCAUCUAACAGCUUUUGUUUAUGGACUCGUCUGAAUGGGAGAGAUUUGUUUUCUCUGAGAGCGAGUUCACGGCAUCGCGGCUACGAUCUAUCCAGCCAAAACGAUGCAGACCGGACGACGAACGAGUCGGCGGCUUUUGCUGCCUGCCGCCAGCGUCUUUCGGUAUUCGCCCCGGGUAUUCAACAACAAGCGUUGGACGUAGAGAGCCGCUUCGUCAUGCAAUAUAGCGUGCCCGACUCGUUGACCUCGACAUUCGUCGCCUUGGCAAGGUCCGGUCCGCAUGGUCGCCAAUGCUACAAGAUGAUGUGCUGGGUGAGUCUUUUCCCUCGACUGGACGAUGUGGUGCCGUUCAUGGAAUACAGACGGGCCGACGAGGGAUCGACGGCGCGGCACCAGAUUUCUUCUUUCGGCGGUACUGCCGCAUUCUCGCUUUUCCCUAACCACGGCGUCAACGUCUCUGCCGCGUACUUCACACCAUACUCGGGACACAUGAUUCGUGGCCGAAGUCGAUCACACAUGGAAGGCUAUAUUCAGAACAUUAUCAACGUCGUUCAAGCCCCAUCAAGCGGCUCUUUCCUCCGGCGUCCGCGUGUCCGGCCUGAAUAUCUCGUGUGGUCGGCUGUCCAAAUAAGAAGAAACCCAUUCAAAAGCCAGCGUCUAAAUGGCCCACAAGGCCAGAUCCCAAACCCCGCACAAUAUCUUGGUCAAUGCUUGAGAGAAGAGGGCCGGCCGCUUGAACAUGUUGACCAAAGCUGGUUGUUUCCGCCCCCAACAGGGCCACCAACCCACCCGGGCCCGUCCGCCCUUUUGCCUAGACCUCUUGCAGAGAGGAAGCACGACUCGACGCACUAUCCAUGA